AUGGAAGAAAAUUCUUGUAUUAUUGAACCAAAUUCAAAAUAUCCCCGAAGUUAUUUUAUUCAUUUAAUAAAUAAGGAAACAAAUCAAAUAAUUCGUUCGGCUCAAUUAUCUUAUGAAGUUUGUAGUUAUAAUAAUUAUCUUUAUACAAUUAUUAUUGGUAGAAAAUUAUAUAAAGUACGAAGUUGUGAUUUAAAAGAUCGUCGUUUGACUAUUGUUGAUGCAAUUCAAUCCAAUGAUUCUUCAACAAUUAAUUGUCCGAAAACUUUAUUUCAAGUUAUUGAUUCAUUUACAAAAUCAAAUAAAAAAUAUCAUGUUACAAUUAAUGAUACAAAAUGGCAAUAUAUUUAUCUUGCUAUUACUAUUCUUCUUAAUCUACAUGAAUACGGCGUACAAAAUGUGCCCGUCAUUCAUCCAAUCCAUGUUCACACAAUUCCAUUACAUCCAGUUACUGUACGACCGACACCUACUAAAAUAAAAACUUCAAAAUCUAGUGUACCAUCUAUCACUCCUACUCAAUCUUGGUGGCAUUGGAUAACCUCUACUCGACAUACUCAUAUUAUUUCAACUCCAUCUUCGAUACAUCAUCAUCGUUUAUCGUGGUAUAAACAAGAUACAUUUAAACGAAUUCUUCACAUUUUUCUUUUCGUCGUAAUACUUGCUAUCCUAUGUAAAAUCCUGAAAACUAUUUGUAAAUCAAACAAACAAAAGAAACUCAAUAAAAAAACUAAUCCUGUUACAGUACACAACAAAAUGUAUGUUUCUACAAUUGAUGGCAACCGUGAAGGAGCACCGCC